CUCUGGCUCUCUUAGUAAAACGUGUGCACAGCAUGCUGUAGAGAUUUUAUUUCUUUUUCUUUUUUUUUUUUUCCCCUUUUUUGUUUUUGUUUGAAUGAGCUCAGAUCUGCAUUGUGCCCCCUUUUGGAGAUGAGUACAUGCAAAUCCAUCCUGGUACAUAGCUGAGCCCAAUGCAUAAUACAACUUGGUGUACACUUGGAUUUAGCACCGUUUUUGAAUUUCCUAUAGAGCAUUUGCAUUGCAUUAUACCAUCAACUCUUAAACAAGGAAUUUAGCUCUGCCUGGAUGUGUCUUGGAACUUUCUGUGGUUUAAGUAUUCCGCUGCUCACAAUAUUCUUUUUAUAAAUGGAAUUACAGAGAACCUCUAGCAUUCCUGGGCCUCUGUCUCCGGGAUACACAGCCCAGGUACCUUACAAUUACAAUCAGCUAGAAGGGAGGUUUAAGCAGUUGCAAGAUGAACGUGAGGCUGUACAGAAAAAGACUUUCACAAAAUGGGUCAAUUCACACCUGGCGCGUGUUUCCUGCAGAAUCACAGAUUUGUAUGCAGAUCUGCGAGAUGGACGGAUGCUUAUCAAGCUACUGGAGGUGCUCUCAGGAGAACGGCUGCCCAAACCCACCAAGGGAAGAAUGCGUAUCCAUUGUUUGGAAAAUGUGGAUAAAGCCCUCCAGUUCCUGAAAGAACAAAGGGUUCAUCUUGAAAACAUGGGCUCUCACGAUAUUGUUGAUGGAAAUCACAGGCUGACCCUUGGUCUGAUAUGGACGAUCAUUCUCAGAUUCCAGAUUCAAGAUAUUAGUGUAGAAACCGAAGACAACAAGGAAAAGAAAUCUGCUAAGGAUGCACUGCUUUUAUGGUGCCAGAUGAAGACAGCUGGAUAUCCAAAUGUGAACAUUCAUAACUUUACAACUAGCUGGAGGGACGGUAUGGCAUUUAACGCACUCAUUCAUAAACACAGGCCGGACUUAAUUGAUUUUGAUAAAUUAAAGAAAUCCAACGCACACUACAAUCUUCAAAAUGCUUUCAACCUUGCAGAGCAGCAUCUUGGCCUUACUAAGCUUCUGGACCCUGAAGAUAUCAGUGUGGAUCAUCCAGAUGAAAAAUCCAUCAUCACCUACGUAGUAACAUACUACCACUACUUUUCUAAGAUGAAAGCCCUGGCUGUGGAAGGGAAGCGUAUCGGAAAGGUGCUGGACAAUGCCAUUGAAACUGAAAAAAUGAUUGAGAAAUACGAAUCUCUGGCUUCUGACCUCUUAGAGUGGAUUGAGCAAACCAUCAUCAUCUUAAACAAUCGUAAAUUUGCUAACUCUUUGGUCGGAGUGCAGCAACAACUGCAGGCGUUCAACACAUAUCGCACAGUGGAGAAGCCACCAAAGUUUACAGAAAAAGGAAAUCUGGAAGUGCUGCUUUUUACUAUUCAGAGCAAAAUGAGGGCAAAUAACCAGAAAGUGUACAUGCCACGGGAGGGCAAACUCAUCUCAGAUAUUAACAAGGCCUGGGAAAGACUGGAAAAAGCUGAACAUGAGCGAGAACUGGCACUGCGUAAUGAGCUAAUCCGACAGGAAAAACUGGAACAACUCGCACGUAGAUUUGAUCGCAAAGCAGCUAUGAGAGAAACCUGGCUCAGUGAAAACCAGCGUUUGGUAUCUCAGGAUAACUUUGGAUUUGAUCUCCCUGCGGUGGAAGCAGCAACCAAGAAACACGAAGCUAUUGAAACAGACAUUGCUGCAUAUGAAGAACGUGUGCAAGCCGUCGUGGCUGUUGCAAGGGAACUGGAAGCAGAGAACUACCAUGACAUAAAGCGUAUCACAGCUCGUAAAGACAAUGUCAUCCGCCUAUGGGAGUAUCUCCUUGAGCUGCUUCGGGCCAGGCGACUGCGUCUGGAAAUGAACUUUGGUUUGCAAAAGGUUUUCCAGGAAAUGCUGUACAUUAUGGACUGGAUGGAUGAAAUGAAGGUUCUUUUAGUUUCACAAGACUAUGGCAAGCACUUGCUGGGCGUUGAGGACCUGAUACAGAAGCAUGCCUUAGUAGAAGCAGACAUUGCCAUCCAGGCAGAACGAGUGAGAGGUGUUAAUGCCUCAGCACAGCGGUUUGCCACCGGAGGAGAAGGCUAUACACCAUGUGACCCGCAAGUUAUCCGUGAUAGAGUGGCACACAUGGAGUUUUGCUACCAGGAGCUUUGCCAGCUAGCUGCUGAGAGAAGGGCACGUUUGGAGGAGUCUAGGCGACUCUGGAAGUUUUUCUGGGAAAUGGCUGAAGAGGAGGGGUGGAUAAGAGAGAAGGAACAGAUCUUAUCUUCUGAUGACUAUGGUAAGGAUUUGACCAGUGUCAUCCGCCUGCUUAGCAAGCAUAAAGCAUUUGAAGAUGAAAUGAGUGGGCGCAGUGGCCACUUACUUCAAACGAUAAAAGAAGGGGAGGAGAUGAUUUCUGAAGAUCAUUUUGGCUCUGAGAAAAUUAGAGAGAGGAUUACAGAUAUUCAGGAGCAGUGGGCUAAUCUUGAGCAGCUAUCUGCUAUAAGGAAGAAACGUCUAGAAGAAACGGCUAGCUUACAUCAGUUCCAGGCAGAUGCUGAUGAUAUUGAUGCAUGGAUGUUAGACAUCCUGAGAAUCGUAUCCAGCAAUGAUGUUGGUCAUGAUGAGUUUUCCACUCAAGCCUUAGUAAAAAAGCACAAAGAUGUCGCUGAAGAAAUUGGAAGUUACAGGACCACCAUUGAUGCACUUCAUGAACAGGCUGCAGCACUACCUAAAGAGCACUUUGAAUCUGCAGACGUGCAGAACAGCUUGUCUGGAAUCGAGGAAAGAUACAAGGAAUUGGCAGAACUGACAAAGCUUCGUAAGCAAGCUUUGCAGGACGCACUCACUCUGUACAAAAUGUUCAGUGAAGCAGGUGCUUGUGAGCUGUGGAUCGAUGAGAAGGAGCAGUGGCUGAACAACAUGCAAAUCCCAGAGAAACUGGAAGAUCUGGAGGUCAUACAACAUAGAUUUGAAAGCUUAGAACCUGAAAUGAACAAUCAAGCUUCCCGUGUGGCUGUUGUGAAUCAAAUUGCACGUCAGCUGAUUCAUAGUGGACAUCCAAGCGAGAGGGAGAUCAAAGCACAGCAGGAUAAGCUGAAUACAAGGUGGAGUCAGUUUAGAGAACUGGUUGACAAAACGAAAGAUUCGCUCAGCUCAGCCCUUAGCAUUCAAAACUACCAUCUUGAGUGCAAUGAGACCAAGUCAUGGAUUAGGGAAAAGACCAAAGUAAUUGAAUCCACACAGGAGCUGGGCAAUGACCUUGCUGGAGUUAUGGCACUCCAAAGGAAACUGACUGGUAUGGAAAGAGACCUGGCGGCCAUUGAGGCCAAAUUGUCUGAUCUUCAGAAAGAGGCAGAGAAACUUGAAGCGGAACAUCCUGACCAAGCUCAAGCUAUUAUGGAUAGACUUGCUGAAAUUAAUGAUGUUUGGGAGGAAAUGAAAACUACCCUAAAGAACCGUGAAGAAUCUCUUGGAGAAGCCAGCAAGCUGCAACAGUUCCUGCGUGAUCUAGAUGACUUCCAGUCUUGGCUCUCAAGAACUCAGACUGCUAUUGCGUCAGAAGAUAUGCCAAACACACUAGCAGAGGCAGAAAAGCUUCUCACUCAGCACGAAAAUAUUAAAAAUGAAAUUGACAACUACGAGGAAGAUUAUCAAAAGAUGACAGACAUGGGUGAAAUGGUGACACAAGGACAAACUGAUGCACAGUAUAUGUUCUUGCGUCAGCGCCUCCAGGCUCUUGACACUGGAUGGAAUGAGCUUCACAAAAUGUGGGAGAACAGGCAAAACCUUCUAUCUCAGUCUCACGCUUAUCAGAUCUUCCUAAGAGAUACUAAACAAGCAGAAGCUUUCCUUAAUAACCAGGAAUAUGUCUUGGCACAUACUGAAAUGCCUAAUAAUUUGGAAGCGGCAGAAGAUGCAAUAAAAAAGCAGGAAGACUUCAUGACUAGAAUGGAUGCCAGCGAGGAGAAAAUUAAUGCCGUUGUGGAAACUGGAAGACGACUGGCCAAUGAUGGAAACAUAAACGCUGACAAAAUUGAGGAAAAAGUUGAUUCAAUUGAUGAUAGGCGUAAAAGGAAUCGUGAGGCUGCGAAUGAUCUGCUGAUGCGUCUGAAGGACAACCGAGAAAUGCAAAAGUUUCUGCAGGAUUGCCAAGAGCUGUCUUUGUGGGUCAAUGAAAAAAUGCUCACCGCUCGUGACAUGUCAUACGAUGAGGCCCGGAACCUACACAGUAAAUGGCUAAAGCACCAAGCCUUUAUGGCAGAGUUGGCCUCCAACAAGGAGUGGCUUGACAAGAUUGAAAAGGAAGGAAACCAACUCAUUGCAGAGAAACCAGAAACUAAAGAGAUUGUAAAAGAAAAGAUGACGACCUUAAAUCAGAUGUGGGAAACGCUUGAGUCAACCACACAAACCAAGGCCCAGAGACUGUUCGAUGCCAAUAAAGCUGAACUUUUCACUCAGAGUUGUGCAGAUCUGGAUAAAUGGCUUCAUGGCUUGGAGAGUCAAAUUCAAUCAGAUGACUAUGGAAAGGAUCUUACCAGCGUCAAUAUCCUUCUCAAGAAACAACAGAUGCUGGAAAAUCAGAUGGAUGUCCGCAAAAAGGAGGUAGAGGAGCUUCAGAGCCAAGCACAAGCUCUAAGUCAGGAGGGAAAGAGCACGGAUGAGGUGGAUGGCCAGAGGACAGUUGUGGAGCAUAGAUUUAUGGAACUCCUGGCUCCCUUGACUGAGAGGAAAAAAUACCUGUUGGCUUCCAAAGAAAUUCAUCAAUUCAACCGGGAUGUGGAAGAUGAGAUUCUUUGGGUUGAAGAGAGGAUGCCACUUGCAACAUCCACCGACCAUGGCCACAAUCUUCAGACUGUGCAGCUGCUCAUAAAGAAAAACCAGACUCUACAAAAAGAGAUACAAGGCCACCAGCAUCGCAAUGAUGAUAUUUUUGAGAGAAGUCAACAAAUCCUGGAAGAUGGCAGCCUUAAUGUGGAAGCAAUCAAUCAGAGACUAUCUGAUUUGCAGGCGCUCUGGAACCUGUUGAUUGAGGAGACAGAAAAAAGACACAAGCGGCUGGAAGAGGCCCACAAGGCUCAGCAAUAUUACUUUGAUGCUGCCGAGGCUGAAGCUUGGAUGAGUGAGCAAGAGCUGUACAUGAUGUCAGAGGAGAAAGCAAAGGAUGAGCAGAGUGCAGUUUCUAUGCUGAAGAAGCACCAGAUUCUAGAGCAGGCAGUCGAGGAUUAUGCAGAGACUGUGCAUCAACUUUCUAAAACAAGCAGAGCAUUGGUGGCAGACGGCCAUCCUGAGAGCGAACGCAUCAGCAUGCGACAAUCCAAGGUUGAUAAAUUGUAUGCAGGUCUCAAAGAUCUGUCUGAAGAGAGAAGAGGCAAACUGGACGAACGUCACAGACUAUUCCAGCUGAACCGUGAAGUCGACGACUUGGAGCAGUGGAUUGCUGAAAGAGAGGUGGUAGCUGGAUCACAUGAGCUUGGGCAGGACUAUGAGCAUGUUACAAUGUUGCAAGAGCGGUUUCGGGAAUUUGCACGUGAUACUGGCCAUAUUGGCCAGGAGAGGGUGGACACUGUCAACCACAUGGCAGAUGACCUCAUUAACUCUGGACAUUCUGACGCAGCCACUAUAGCUGAAUGGAAGGACGGCCUUAACGAAGCAUGGGCUGACCUCCUGGAACUCAUUGAUACACGAACACAGAUACUGGCUGCCUCUUAUGAACUGCAUAAAUUCUAUCAUGAUGCAAAGGAGAUCUUUGGACGCAUACAAGAUAAACACAAGAAACUUCCAGAAGAACUUGGCAGAGAUCAGAACACAGUAGAAACACUACAAAGGAUGCACACAACAUUUGAACAUGACAUUCAGGCUUUGGGUACCCAGGUGAGGCAGCUUCAAGAAGAUGCAGCGCGAUUGCAGGCAGCAUAUGCAGGUGAUAAGGCCGAUGACAUACAAAAGCGUGAAGGUGAGGUUUUGGAGGCUUGGAAAGCAUUGCUGGAUGCAUGUGAAGGACGACGGCUCACGUUGGUUGACACAGGUGAUAAGUUCCGUUUCUUCAGCAUGGUGCGUGACCUUAUGCUUUGGAUGGAAGAUGUUAUACGUCAGAUUGAAGCCCAAGAGAAGCCAAGGGAUGUUUCAUCGGUUGAGUUACUAAUGAAUAAUCACCAAGGCAUUAAAGCAGAAAUUGAUGCUCGUAAUGACAGUUUUACAUCUUGUAUUGAGCUUGGCAAAUCUCUCUUGGCAAGAAAGCACUACGCAUCCGAAGAGAUAAAAGAAAAGUUGCUGCAGUUGACAGAGAAGAGGAAAGAAAUGAUUGACAAGUGGGAGGACCGAUGGGAGUGGUUGAGAUUAAUUCUGGAGGUGCACCAGUUUUCCAGAGAUGCCAGUGUUGCAGAGGCCUGGCUGAUGGGACAGGAGCCAUACCUGUCAAGUCGUGAAAUAGGCCAGAGCGUCGAUGAUGUGGAAAAACUAAUCAAGAGGCAUGAAGCAUUUGAGAAAUCUGCGGCUACUUGGGAUGAAAGGUUUUCAGCUUUGGAACGACUUACUACGUUGGAAUUGUUAGAAGUACGUCGCUUGCAAGAAGAGGAAGAGAGGAAAAGACAGCCACCAUCUCCUGAGCUCAGUCCAAAGGUCUCAGAAGAAGGAGAAUCGCCACAACAGUGGGACGGCACAAAAGAAGGCGAGCAAAUUUCUCAAAACGGAUUGCCAUCUGACCAGGAGUCGCCACGGAUGGCGGAAAAUGCAGACACAAAUGAGAUGGUUAAUGGGUCCACAGAACAGAGGUCAAGCUCAAAAGAGUCCAGCCCCAUUCCUUCACCAACCGCUGAUCGUAAAUCUAAAUCUGGCAUGCAACCCCAGACUGCUGCCACACUUCCCGCCAAGACACAAGAAACUUCCUUCCAAUUUGAAGGUUUCUUGCAUCGCAAGCAUGAAUGGGAAGCACACAACAAAAAAGCCUCAAGCAGAUCUUGGCAUAAUGUAUAUUGUGUGAUAAACAACCAGGAAAUUGGAUUUUACAAAGAUUCCAAAAAUGCUGCAUCUGGUAUUCCCUAUCAUAAUGAGAUUCCUAUAAAUCUGAAGGAAGCCGUCUGUGAAGUAGCAACCGACUAUAAAAAGAAGAAGCACGUCUUCAAACUAAAGUUAAACGAUGGCAAUGAGUACCUCUUCCAAGCCAAAGAUGAUGAGGAGAUGAACACCUGGAUUCAGGCGAUUAUAAAUGCCAUCUCGUCUGACAAAACCGAGGUAUCUCUGAGCACGCACAGCACUCCCGCCUCCAGUCGAGCCCAAACCCUUCCAGCCAGUGUCACAGUCACUACUGAAUCCAGCCCCGGCAAGCGCGAGAAGGACAAAGAGAAGGACAAGGAAAAGCGAUUUAGUCUGUUUGGGAAAAAGAAGUGACCCUCUUCCUAAAACACGUCUCUUACAUUUUCAGUGAAAUGUCAGCAUGCAAGCUCAGAGCCAAUACAUUACUCUCUGUGCCUAAUGUUCCCCCAAUGUGAUUAAAACCUUUUAUUUAUAGAUUGCUCAAGAGAGAAUAUGCCGAAAGGUUUGAGGGACAUUGGGCAUCUUCUGAAGGAGAGAAAGGACCAGUUUGUUUUAUUUUGUUUCGUUUAUGUUAUUAUUAUUUUUUUACAAAGGCACUGUAGAUUAAACCUUAAAUAUUUAAACAUUUCCUCAAUUUUUUGAGGCUGUCUUGGAAAUAACCCACAUUUAGAAAAUAUCUGUAUGCAAGGCAGCAGUGCUUUAAAGAAGAUAAAUGAUCGUUCACAUCAAAGACAGAUGUAAAAAGUUUCACUUCACUUCCAUUCACUUAAGGUUGAUGACUGAUAGAACCUUUAUAUAAAUGAUAGAGUAUCCUGCAUCUGAGUGCAGACACAGAGUGCUUGUCCCCAGCACCCAUUAAUAACACAAAAUUAGCUUUCGAGCAUCACGUGUGAAAACUCUGAAUGUUGCUGAAGGAUUAGCAGUUUUAAAUAAUCUGUAAUUUUACAGUUAUUGUUAUAUAAAUAUUUUUUUUUUUUUGCUGAAAUACACUAUAUUGUACGUUGCCGAUUUAUUCUAGUACAAACUAUAACAAGACUAGAUGUAUUAUAAACCCUUUACAAACAUUGGUGUUAAGUGUUCAAGUGAAAAUGAAGCAUUUACUGGAAAUUAAAGUAAUGUUACUCUCAAAUGAUUACUUGCUCGUCAGCUUACAGCACUGUGUUUUAUCAUUUUGCUACAUUACUUUGCUAUUUGAUACAUAGUGUGCAUUUCUUUGUCACUGUAACUAUUGUAAUGAAAUUUACAUUUUACUGCACAAUCAAAAUGACCUUUAUUAGGAAUGAUUAUUUCCUUAAUGACUGGGCCUGUAGUCAGAGAAGUACUGGGACUGGCUUUCAGUUAUAUGGAACUGUACCUCUAGACUUUACCCUAUCUGUUAAAUAUAUGCUAUGUCAUUAAAUGCUUUUAAAAAUUAAAGAUAUUGGAAGGUU